UAAGGUGUGUAAGAUUUUGCUCGAUAAAGUUUUGGCUUUGAUCACAUAUAAAAAGAAGCCAUUGAAAGGAAUCCUCUGUAUGUUGAAUCAAUUCAAAUGCCAAGAGUGAGCAUGUUUUCUGUAGUUUAGCAAAUUAAAAACCCAUAAUAAUCUCAGAAUUAUACAACACUUAGCUUUAUGGGUUUGCUUGUUUGUCUAUCCUGCCCUGAAUACAUAUCUAAAAGGAAAUGCAAUCGAAAAAAUUCUAUUCUGACACCACAAUUACCUGCACCUAGAAAACAAAUACGCAUGAUGCUGUAAAUUUUGCUUAAAGACCUCUUUCGUAUAUUGUCAACAGGCAGGUCAGUUUACAUUCUAUUAGAAGGUUACCUGCAUGCUUCUAAAACAUCAGAGUUGCGUAAAUUUUAUCUUGCUGAUGCGGCACUUACAUAACAAUAUGGUAUUAAGGUCUCCGCAGUUCGCCUCUCUUACAUUUGCAGUGACAUCAACAACAGGGAAGGAUGAAAACAAAAGACAGCUGGCAAUCAAAUUCAAGAGCUUGUUCUCUGCUCGUGUGUUGUGCUGUUCAAAUUUUGUCGUUAUGGGGAGGGGCUGGUGCAGUGCUUCACUCAAGAUUCCUGCAGCCCGGUCACGGAAUUAUCAAAGAAAUAUGGUACAACACACCAGAGCUGGAACUCGAUGCUUACAGAAAACUUAAAGACUUUCCCGCCUGUCCACAUAUGGUGCAAAACUUGGAUCAUUUUGAAGAUCCUAUGGUCUAUAUUAGUGCUAAGCAAAAGUUUGUCAUUGCAAGGUAUAAAGGCUACUUUGUUCCUUCAGAGACGGGAAAUCACAGGUUUUACGCAAAAUGCAAAGGCAUGUGCACGUUUACUAUCGAGGCACACCCGUUCGACAUGCGGAAGAUUCUAGAAGUUCAGCACGCAACGUCGUACAGCUGUUGGGAUUGCACUGCAAGUCAAAAGUCUCGUGAAAUAUUUCUCUAUAAAUCGGUGCGCUAUUACGUAGAGUUCAUGAGAGUUGGUGAUGGGAAUAACGACUUUGCAGCUCUGGGAGUAAGAAAACCAAGUGGAAUCACUGAAAGACCGAUAAAGAGGAGCAGUCUAUGGCGAACCUUGUCACUCUACAAUUGGCAUGGCCUACUUGGAGAAUACUACAAUAUCGCUCCAGGCACAAGACCCGAUCUUGGUUCCACCGCAGCGUCACCAAAAGAGGUUCGUUGCCUUUCGAAGACAUAUGAUGACAGGAACCAGCAAAAUUUUGGUUUAAGAGCAACAGGAUUUUUUCAUCCACGAGAAACAGGCAUCUAUCAAAUCUUCUUGUUUUGUCAAGAUCGAUGUGAAUUAUAUUGCACUAUAAAUGGUACAGAGGUCAAAGUUGCAGAGCAAGAUGUCUUCAGCAGCUUUCAAUCCAUGGGAAGGCUCCAAAGCGGAAAUAAAUAUUUUCUGAGAAUUAACUACUUUAAAGAUGACAAAGGUGGUACAAGGUUCUUCGUCAAGCGAAUGCAGGACCUGACUACUUACGAGUUUUUUCAGUCUACAGAGACAAGAACAAUAAAUUCAGAAAAUGAACUCAUCCCUGCAGCAUCGUAUCAAGUUGUCAAUUCAACAAGCGUGAACAUUACUUGGGGUGUUCCAUGGUUUCCUCUGUACAACAAUUUCACAUUAAAGUUCUACCAUAUCCGUUUCUCUCCUCUGGACAAUCCCACUGACGUUCAUGAGAGCAAAAUUACAGACCUUGCAAUUACUUCAAAAGUAUUCUCUGGACUUGGAAUAUGGACCAUUCAUGCAGCAAAAGUUUGGUAUAUUGGAGAUGAGUAUACGAUCAGACCUAAGGAUCUCAUUUUCAGAACCGGUGAAGGAGUCCCCAGUGCUCCACCAUCAAGAAUCAACCUACAGGCUAGUACCUCAACAUCUAUUGUUGUCGCAUGGGGACCGAUUCCAUUCCGCAACCAGCACGGUGCACUAAUUGGGUUCAUCAUCAAAUACAGUCUGAAAGGAGAAGGCAAUUGGUUAAACGUUACAAGCAACACCAUCGUAGUAAGAGAAAAGACUUUAACCGGGCUAAACAAGUACAGGGGGUACGACAUUAGAAUAGCUGGAAUGACGUCAGCAGGUGUUGGAGUUUUCUCCUCAAUCUUCACGCAGAGGACGUUGGAAGACGCACCAACUUUACCACCCACGAAUAUAUCCGCUCACAAUCUAAGUUCAAGAGCUUUGGAGGUUAAUUGGGGGACUGUUCCCUUAUCAGGCAGAAAUGGAAUCGUUCGGGUUUAUGUAAUAUACUACAAGCUGAAGGAUUCUCCAGAAUCAGAUUGGCAAUACACCAAGGCAAGUGGUUCGGUGAAAACAAUAAUAAUAACUAGCCUUAGGCACUGGUCCAUCUACCAAAUCAAAGUUGCUGCGAAGACCAUAAGAGAAGGUACCAAAAGCGAGGCGGUGAUAGCACGAACAGAUGAAUACGCACCGUCAGGGUCACCACGCAAUGUCACUGGGACAGCUAUUGCCUCAGAUAGCUUCCAUGUUAGCUGGACAGAGAUUCCAUACAAAGAAACAAAUGGUGUCAUAAUGAAAUAUUUUGUGACGUACAAAGAGACUGAGGGUUAUGCAAGAUGGCAGGAUGCUUACACUACAAAAAUGAAUAUCCUUAUAACUGGUGUAGAAGAAUACUUUAAUUAUACGAUCAGAGUGGCUGGAGUGACGUCAAAAGGCAUCGGUGUCUUGUCACAGAUAAUUUACGUCAAAACUAAGCAAGAUGUUCCAAGUGCACCAGCCGAGGCCAUCCGUGCAGUAAACACAAGUGCAAAUUCACUGUUAGUGUCAUGGCAACCCGUGCCAUACCGACAUCAAAACGGGGUCAUAUUGGGAUACAGUAUCGCCUAUAGAGCAAACGAUACAAUGGAAUGGAAAAACGCAACUGUGGAUGAUAAUCAAAUGAAGACUGUCAUUCAUGGACUGAGAAACUAUACAUGGUAUGAAAUAAAAGUGGCUGGAAUCACCAAAAUAGGGGUAGGAAAAUACAACGCUCCCAUUCUUGGAAUCACUGACGAAAAUGUUCCUUCGGCUCCACCAUCGAACUUCUGGGGCAAUAACGUAACAUCCAGAAGUAUCAUAUUAUUCUGGAAUCAGAUCUCUCUGAAAAACAGAAAUGGUAUCAUAAAUGGGUAUCGAGUCAUAUAUAAAGAGGAUUCGGAGGGAAUAAAUGAAUGGCUAGAAACUAGCUUUAGCAGUAAUUCAAGGAAUGGCACUGUCGAUAACUUGAAGAUGUUUCAAUCGUAUUUCCUGAGAAUUGCAGGGAUUACAAGCAAGGGAGUCGGUGUUUUCAGCAACUCGAUCAAAGUCUGGACUGACGAAGAUUCACCCGAGGGAUAUCCAAUGAAUAUUUCCGGUUUCGCAAGUACCUCAACAGCAUUAUCGUUAUCAUGGAACAGUAAACAGUCUAACGAGAGCAAUGGGAUCAUUAUUGCAUACAGCGUAUUCUAUCAAGUGGUAAAAUGUCCUGCAGAUAUGCCCUCGUGGUGUUCAGAAACUCGAGUUAUGAGUACAAAGACAAAGAACAAUACAAAUCACUUUGUGCUGACCGGGCUGAAGAAAUUUGUCGAAUAUUACGUUUGGAUUCGUGUUCUAAACAAAAUGGGAACAGGCCCUCCGUCACCCAAGUUUCGAAUCAAGACAGCUACAGACAUACCUGCCGGAGCACCCAGGAUGUUGGAAUCUUUCUCACGUGACUUUAACAGCAUUAGUCUUUACUGGGAUCCAAUCAAAGAGUCUGAAAGAAACGGUAUCGUUAUAGCAUAUAGAAUAUUCUAUCGACGGCAAGACAAGCAAGUUCUCAAAACCCAUCGAGUGGUGCGAGCAGUGAGCGGUUCGGAAAACAACACCGUUGAAGGACUUUUGCCUGGGGAAUCGUACAAGGAUGUCAAGGGAAAUUUUACCACUGCUGUCGUUGACAACCUUGAGCCAUACAGAUGGUAUAUCAUAAGAGUCGCGGGAAUGACCAAGGCUGGGCUAGGGCCUAUUUCUGUUGUCAACGCUUCAUGUGGACAGGACGUUGCCAUCAUUGGUCCAAGUUUCGAAAUCUAUGACAGGUAUUCAUAUAGCGAAAUUUCAGUGAGUUGGUCCGCAAUUGCAUCAUUCAACCAAACACGAGGGACAGUCUUGGAAUACAACGUUAAGUAUUGGCCUGUUGAAUUCGAGAUGAAACCAAGCCUAGAACCAAAGGUGACUUCGCUUAUGGUCAAAGUGCCUAUGACGUCAGCAAAGUUGACGGGACUAAAGCUGUUUACAAAGUACGCAGUAAAAGUGGCCGCAGUUACACAGACGGGUAUAGGAGCGUACACAGAUACCCUUUAUGGAGAAACAUGUAGAUGCGAGAAGGAAGUCCAUAUAGUCAAGAGAAUUUUGGUACCUCUAAUAACAAAGGAGACAAACGACACAUUUACUUUGCUGUUAGAUACGGCUGUAAAGUCAUGCUGCUCAACGUGUUCUUCGACAAAGACUCAAACUGACUGGGAGAUAGAUUCGCAUGGGGAGGGUAUACUCUCCCCUGAUGACAUUUUCGAGGAGCUGCAGCACGGGAAAGAAGUAUAUGCACCUCAGCUGCAGGCAAUUCAUACCUGGUCACAUCUUGAUCGAUCCCAUGGCAUUGGAAAAUUUGUGCCAGUUAUUCGGUCACCGGGGAUCGCAGUCAUUGCUAGAAAAAUGUCCGCUGCAGAAAAGGCCAACGAAGGAGCAAAAACGCUUAUACGUGGACUAGGCAGAUCAUAUCCCGUUUUUGUGAUUGCCUUGUUGGUUCUUGUUCUUUAUGGCCAUAUCCACUGGCUAAUAGAACUGAAAACGAGAGAAAAUCAUCUAGCUGGUGGGUUUUUCAAUGGCUUGCAUCAAGCUAUUUGGUUUGCUUUUCAAAGCCAGUUGACUACCGGGUAUGGUGACAUUGUGCCUUUGACAUUCUUUGGGCGGAUAGGCGCAGUAGCGUCGAUCGUUUUUGGAUUGAUAUGGAAGGCAUUGCUCGUAUCAUCGAUUACGGUGACCAUUCUGCAGAAGACAGAGGAAAAACCUGGGGUGUUUUCUCUUGUUGGAAAAAAGGUCAGUGUUACCAACGAUACACAGCAGUUUGCGUUCAGGAGUGGUGCUACAAUUUCAAAUGUUUUCUCUUACAAAAAGUACAUGAAGGCGAUCGACACGGUACUGGAUGGGAGUGUCGAUAUGGCUUUGAUUGACGGGCUGUCAAUCAUAGCGAAUGACAAGAUAGUGAAUAAUGACAAAUUGGUUAUAAAGGAUAUCAAAGACGAAAAUCAGUUUUAUGGAGUUGUUGUCAGUGGAAAGGCAGAGAGACUGGCAAACUGUAUAAAUAUGUAUAUGAGAAGUAACAAGCAAGAAAUUGAUCGUAAAAUGGGGAUAAACUUUCAUCGAUUGUGGAAGGUUGUAAAAAGUCAAGCCACAAACGAAAAAGUUUCUUAUAUUCUCAGUAAAGAUUCAACAGCUUUCAAAAUUUCCGUCAUAACAUUAAUGGUCGUCUUGGUUUUUGCUAUCAUCUGCUCUUUAAUUUACGAGAACCGCAGGAGGAAAACAAUUUUUGCAAAAAUCGGUCCACUAAGGUCAAGCCCAAACAAAAACGGCGAGGACAAACUUAUCCAAGUUGAUGAGUUUAUAAAAAAGAUUCACGUAAUGACGGAAGAACUGGAAUUAAAACAUGCAAAGCAGAUAAUUGAACUUUCGAAUAAAAACUAUGCCGUGAAUAUAGUGCCAGAUAUAAUCGAACUGUUUGGCAAUGCCGAUUAUGAGGAAGAUAUCAGAAAACACAAGCACACAGUUAGCCUUGGACUUCCAAAGCCAACAGUGGCUGGUUCUAGAGUAAGCCUUUCUAUUGUCAAUGAGAAAGAAGAAGAAGUUUGAAAGGACCUAGAAAAUGACGGACAGACCACAAGCCAGUUUUGGUUAACGCUAGAUUAAGAUGGCAGACGUACCAAACAACAAAUGAUAUAACAGUCAGAGAUUGCAGGAGAUUGGUUCAUGGGGCACUCCAAGGUAAUGGUAACAUCGCUGGAUGGGAGUUAGUUUGGUACAUCACUGUUAAAAAGUAGUUUGAGAUCUAGAUAUUGUAGUAAUGAUAUUUUUCUUAGUUGUAACUUUUCUUGUUCGAAAGAUUAAUCACAGAUUCGCACCUUUGCAAUAUAAAAGAGGAAUCGAAAAAAUUAUUUUUUGAUUGCAGCAAGAAAUAUGCUAAAACAAAAGAAGAAAGAAAAUAGAAUAAUAAAGAGUAGCUUGUACAAUGAAUUAUAUGAAGAUCUUCGUUGUGACAAGUGGUUUCUUAAAAGAUAAGGUGCUUUAAUGAAAUAUAUUUACUUUAAAAAACUAUUGACAAAAGAUUAAAAUUGUGUAGUUUCUCAAUGAGGUUCUGUCACAUUACAGCCCUUGUUUGCCCAAGAAGGGUAACGACUGCCUUCUAAUACCUUAUUAGUGCAUUGCACUCAGUUGCCAUGCUACCAUUUCCCGUUGCUUUGGUGUACAACAGUCUAAAUUCAACUGUCAACACCAUAUCGACGACAAAAUAUACAGAUCGAUUGCUUGAUGAUGAAAAGAGACUCGUCUGAAGUCAUUGUGCCAGGACCAAACACUCCAAUUAAAUUCUUGAAAGUGCAGGUUCAGUUGCAUUUGUACAAUGUCUGAUGACAUAGCAGGAAUCAUAAUUGAGAAAUCCAGAAAAAAAUAACUGGCAGCUUAAGCCAGAAUGCAAAGGUACAAUAAAAGCACCGAAUUGUCCCAAAACAUCUCACUCAGCUCCAAGGAAAUUUGAAAGCCAUUUCCAAAAUCUUUGCAGUUGAUGCUUCUUGUCCAUACCCAAGACGUAUUUACUUUCUACUUCUGCACUGUGAACCACAUCUGGACACAGAGUUCGGCGGCCUCAUCGUCCAAAGUUGUGACUCUCGGACAGCAAGAAAUCUAGAGCACGUGCAUGAAACAUUUUAAUGAUCAACUAAAAAUCGAUCAGCAGUGGCGGACACCAGGGGGUGGGGGAGGUGGCUUGCCCCCCAGUAUUUGACCCGAUGUUCGCCCCUGCCGCUCAGUCAAUUUGUUGAUCACUACAAACAAAACUAAUUUUGAUUUUGCUUAGGCGAAUUUAUGCUAGAAGUCUGAGAUUUUCAUCGCGAUUCACUGUUUACGAUACUUUUUUGCAACUAAACAUGGAUGGCAAAGGCUAAUUUCGAAAUUCAGGGGCUAUAGAUUCGCUGAGAAAACAUAUCUAAUGAAAUUAAAAAAGAAAAGAAAACAGAAAUUGAUUUUGACCAAAACUGCUGGAAAUGAAAUCAUUUUCUUGUUUUUCCUCAAGCAAGUUAGAAUAAAUAUAUAAUCAAAAUUAAAAUGCUACAUUCACUAGUCAAAUUUGCUACAAAAAUUAAAACAAUAGUUAAUUCUUUGAAAAUGACCCACUUCAAUUCAUACAUACUAAAUUCCCUAAGCCUUGCAGGCAAGUUCCCUCUUCUCAAUCAUUUUAGCCAGCAUAAGAAACUGCUUGAACACCACGCACUCCGACAUUUUUGAUGCGGAAGACAAACCCAGCCUCAGGUUGUUGCUUCAGUUCUUCUUCAGAAAGU